AUGGGCGCGUACCUCUCGCAACCGGUAAAAGAGAAAGAAAGUUCAGACGGCGGGAACGUGAAAGUGAAGUUCGGGACGAGUGCGAUGCAAGGCUGGAGGACAAGCAUGGAGGAUUCGCACUGCGCGGUGCCGGAUUUAGACGAAAACACGUCCUUCUUCGCGGUGUUUGACGGCCACGGCGGGAAGGAAGUCGCUUUGUACGCAGGGAGGUACCUUCCGCAAAUAUUGAAAGAUACGAACGCGUACAAGGAAGAAAACGAUUUGAAACAGGCGUUGGUGGAGUCGUUUAUGAAAAUCGACGAAGUCAUGAAGGAUAAAACGAACGCGCAAGAGUUGGCGGAGUUGAGCGGGAGGAGACGGUUUCGGGAGGAAGAAGAGGAUGCGGAUGAAAAAAUGUCGGCGGGAGGCUCGAGAAACGUGAACGAAGCCAUUCGAAGGGCGCUCAAGGAGAGGUUGUUGGCGGAAGGGACGCCGAGCGAGGAGGUGGAUUUAAUCAUUCCGAGUUUAACGAAUGACGACGACGAGGAGGAGGAAGAAGAGGUGAAUAAAAAGAAUGGCGAGAGAAAGGAAGGAGGAGAAAUCGGGAAAGAUAGUUCUAAGAAUACGGCGGCGAACGAACAACCCGUCGCGUCUACGUCUUCUGCCGGCGGCGGUAAAAAGAAGUUCGUGCCUUUAUCCGAGGAAGAGUUGAGCGAAUGGGAAGGUCCAGUCGCCGGCGCGGCGGCGGUUUCGGUCGCGUUGAGAAACGGGGAAAUUAUAUGCGCCAACGCCGGCGACUCGAGAGCGGUGUUGUGUAGAGACGGUAAAGCUAUCGACAUGUCUCGAGAUCAUAAACCUACGGACGAGGACGAAUGCGAGAGAAUUGUCAAGGCGGGAGGGUUCGUGGCCGACGGUCGCGUGAACGGGUCGUUGGCGUUGUCUAGAGCCAUCGGCGAUUUCGAAUAUAAAAGAAACAACGUCCCGGACGACUUGCCGCCAGAGUUAUAUUGCGUGACUGCUAAUCCCGAAGUGAAAACGUUUAAAUACGAACAGGACCAAGACGAGUUUAUAAUAAUCGCCUGCGACGGCGUUUGGGACGUGAUGACCAGUCAAGAGUGCGUGGACUUUGUUCGCGAGCGGUUGUGUUAUAGUUCAACGAAAGACGGUGUGGUGCCGCCAGAACAUCUCUCGAAAAUCACCGAGGAAUUGUGCGAUGCGUGUUGCGCCACGGACACGAGAGGGAGCGGAUUGGGAUGCGAUAAUAUAUCCGCGGUUAUCGUCCAGUUUUUAGAUUCCAAGAAAUAUAAAGAGACGACGGAGAAAUAUAAAAAUAAUACGUCGAGUGUAGAAGGCAAAGGAACGAACCAAGCGCUGGAUGAUGAUGCGAAGGAGGCAACUGCCGCCGCCGCCGUCGGUAAUACUAACAAAUAA